AUGGCGCCAUUAAGCGGUAGAACGUAUCAAGAGGAACUGUUUUCAAUAGUGGAAGAACCGAAUUUUGAUAAUGAACGAAGUGAAAUAGCUACAUUUUAUUCUGGAAAAAUAAUAUUCAUAACAGGAGGCUUAGGAUUCUUAGGAAGGCUUAUACUGGAAAAGGUUUUAAGAUGUUGUCCAGACAUAAAGACGGUUUAUUUGCUGAUAAGAGCAAAGAAACAGCAAGAUCCGUAUACUCGAUUCAAAGAUUAUUUCAAUGAUGUUAUUUUUGACAGAUUAAAGAGAGAGCAGAAAGAUGUCGAAAAAAAGAUUAUUCUGAUAGAAGGAGACAUGAGUCAACUGAAUUUAGGAUUAUCAGAAAAAGACCGCAUACGCAUUCAAGAUACUAAUUUGAUUUUUCACAGUGCAGCAUCCGUACGAUUCUUGGAUAAUAUUCGUUUUAUAGUAAACACAAAUAUUAGAGGAACAAGGGAUUUGCUUUUGCUUGCCCAGGGGAUGAAAAGUUUAGAGGCCUUUGUUUACAUAUCAACGGCAUAUUCACAUUGCAUAUAUAAAAGAAUUGAAGAAAAAUUCUACAAGCCGCCUAUAAAGACGGAAGACAUAAUUAAAUUGGUAGAGAUUUUAAGCGAAGACAAAUUGGAUUUAAUUACCCCAAAGCUACUUGGUAAUUGGCCUAAUACUUACGCAUAUUCGAAGGCAAUCUGUGAAGAUACUGUACGGCAAUAUUCCAAUGGAAUUCCAUCUUGCAUCCUUAGGCCGUCUAUUGUUGCUUCAACAGAAAAGGAACCAGUUGCCGGUUGGAUCAAUAAUAUUUAUGGAGUAACAGGAUUUGCUUAUGGUUCAGCGAUGGGUGUUUUACGCACGAUGCAAUGCAAUAAAAGGCUUAUUUGCGACAUAAUUCCUGCUGACUAUGUUGUUAACAACAUUAUUGCUGCUGCAUGGGACGUUGCACAAAAACGGUCUAUACUAAAGAGUAUUAGUUCCUCAAAUGAAAAAACCAAUGAUAUACCAACGGAAAAAGAUAUUCCAAUUUAUAAUGUUGUUUCCUCUGUUCAACAACCAAUUAGUUGGGCUAAUUUAGCAAAAACUGUGAGAAAAGUUGGUAUUAAAUAUCCGUCGAAAAGCAUAUUAUUUUACCACUCGUUACAGAUGGUUUCAAACUAUUAUGUCAAUUUUCUUUUCACAAUUUUUUUGCACUGGAUACCAGCUACUAUAGUGGACUCGUUAGCUUAUCUCAGCGGAAGAAAGCCAAUAUUGAUUAACAUUUUUAGAAAAAUGGAAAAGAUGAAACAUGUAACGUGUUAUUUUACACUUAAUGAAUGGGAAUUCAGGAACGAUAACGUUUUAAAAUUAUGGGACAAAUUAUCAGACGUCGAUAAACAUAAAUUUUUCUUUAAUGUUGCUGAUAUUGAUUGGCAGUGUUUUUAUGAUACUUACAUGAAAGGAAUUCGAGUUUAUUUUGUGAAAGACCCGAUGGAGACGUUAGAAGAUUCAAAAACUUAUUAUAAAAAGUUGAAAAUAGCUCAUUAUACUGUGAAAUG